AUGGAGUCAACCGCUGUCUCCGCCAUAAAGGGCGAUAAACUGAAGGAUUCAGCGCAAUGGAGGAAUUGGUUCGCACGAAUCAAGAUAUACGCACGCCAGAAGAAGGUGUGGGAUCUGGUGAACCCUCAGAUUGAGGAAGACUAUCAGGAAGAACCCAUUCGCGAGCUACGAAUGCCUUAG